ACAUUAAUUAUUAUUGAAUGUCGUCUUUAUAAAUGAUCGAAACCGACAAAAAUAUGUCUAACUACUUGUCAGCGUACGAUAUAACAAAUGGAACUAUAGUCAGUGUUCAAGUAAAAGAUAGGACACUUCGAGGCGAAUUUAUUGGUGUUCAAUUGGCAAUUGAGAAUUCAAAAAAUCCAGCAGAAGACAAAAUUGUAUUGGACAAACCAUUGGAGCUUCCUAAUGGAAAGUGUCAUGAAGAACCUAUUACUAUAGCCUUGAACGAAAUUAGACAAAUUGAGGUGAUUGAAUGCGGAAUUUUCAAGAAAAGGACGGGACAGGUAGAUGAUGGACCACCAUCUCUUCCUCCUGGUCAUCCUGGAGAAAAAAUUAAAAAGGAAAAGACGAAAAAAUGUAAAUUAAACUCGGAGAUGAAAAAUUUAGAGCCAAUUGAGAUUCAAUUGCGCACCUAUGUGAUCCGAGAUCCUCAGCAAUUUAAAGUGUUGACAACGUUAUUGAAAGAGGUAGAUGUUUGUGGAAUUUCUUUCGAAGGUCAAAAUGUUGGACGGAACGGAAUCGUAAGUUGGAUGAUUAUGACAGCUGGGAAAACUUUAAUUCCGUUCGAUAUUGACGCCCUAUAUGAACAAUUACCUGACCUUUGGAAAUCCUUGGAGAGAUCUGUUUUCACAAAUGAAAAACUUAUCAAAAUCAUUCAUGAUGGACGACCAGCAGCAGACUAUUUAUGGCACGUUCAUCGUAUAAAAAUGGUCAACGUGUUUGACACCCAGGUAGCUGACGCUUUAAUUGUGAAAGAGCAUUUAGGAUAUGCUCCACCUCAACUCAGUCCACUUUCUGAUUGCCUUGAAAUGUACAACCGUAGAAUUCCUAUGGAAGAAUUGGACUUUCUAAGGAAAUACGAAGGAAUGGACUUUUCAUCCAAUUCACCUUUUCUUCGGAAGCCCCUUCCACCUCCAGAAUUUCUUAAACUGUGUGCGAUAAAAGUCAAACAUUUGGUCCCACUUCGUGAAAACAUGAUGACUAAACUUAUGAAACGUUUACGCAAUUGUGUGGAAGCACAUCUCAGCACUUUUAAGAACAGUGGUCUCCAAGAGUAUGCCGUAUUGUCAAAGAAGCCGAGAGAAGUUUCGUCCGAAUUGUUGGACCUGCUUGAAGAUAAUUUAGGUCAACAAGUUUAGCUCGAUUUAUUUAUUGAGUUUAUUAAAAACUGUUAGUUUGUAGAAUGUGGUUGUUCUUGUUUAUAUGUUAGUCCAUAUUAAUAAUAAUUUAUUAAUAUUAUUCAUAAGUUAAAGUUACACGUCUCUAUGUAUGCACGUAAGUGCAGUUGAUAAAAACAUUAUGAAGUAAAAAUAUUGCUUAAUACAUA